AUGGCGGCUUCGUUUCGUUCUCUCCCUGCAAGCUGUAACAACAAAUGGUACUAUUCCCGACAACAGAUCGACAACAGCCCAUCCCGGAGAGCUGGACUUGACCCGGACAAAGAGCUGUCCUACAGACAACAGGCGGCGAACCUGCUGCAGGACAUGGGACAGCGGCUCAAUGUGUAUCUUUUGUCGAGGCGUCUCACCUAGCCGACAUUAGCCUGUUAGCACUAGCUCACUUUAGCUCAGUGUGGAGCCGGUUCGCACCAGCUCGGCAGGCGUUUGUUUUCGUGGUUAAACGGGAGUCACUUAGUUUGUUUUACAGGGGUUGAGUUGGAUCUUGUGUAAUAAUGUUUGUGUAGUUACAGCGGUAGCAGCAGUGAGCUGAGUUCGCAGGAUGCUAAAAGCCUCGAAGGCCUGUGUGGUCGGCGGGCCUUCAGGUCGUUAGCAUUAGCUUUAGCCUCUCCUGUUACUGUGAAUAGACUGUAAAUAAAUGUAAAUUAAGGGACAACCUUAUAUCAAACUACAGCUGGUUAGUUUUCCUAACAGAGCCUUCUCUCUGUCUUAUCUGUAGAGCCAGUCAUCCUCAUGUUAGUGUGUUAUAAACAGCUGCUCCUGGUCACCUCUGCUCUCUACUUUGUUUUCCCCUGCUGCUGUUAUUCUGGAUAUCUAUAUUGUUAUUGAUUAUUACUCUUAAUAUUGAUUACUAUUGACCUUAACCUCUUAUAUCAGAUCCCAGCUUACAAUAAAUACAGCCAUUGUGUACAUGCAUCGAUUCUACAUGGUCCAGUCCUUCACCAGAUUUCACAGAAAUGUGAGUAUUUUUCUUUUAUGUACCUUUUUAACUAACUUUAUAUCAUUAACUUCUUUUAAGUGUUGUAUCAUUUAUGUCUUUCUAGUUUUAAUGACAGGAGCGUCUUUUAUUGGGCUAUUGUGGUGCUCUUAUUUUAGUAUCUUUUACUGUUGUUUUUAUUUAUCAUUUCUCAAAAUUUAUUCUAUGUAACUUUGUUCUUGGAUGUUACCUGAAACCUCCAGUGUUUCCUUAUCUUGAGUUUAAGUUUGAGUUUUCUCAGUGCGCACAUGCUGUUGCCACAAAAUCAAGCCCUUUUUAAGCAUUUAAGCAUGAAUUUUAAUACAUAUUUCUGUUGCGUUUACAUCAUGUGGUGGGAAUGAGGGGUUGGUUUGGGGUAGAUUUGGGUAUUCUCUGUUUCUUUUAUUCCUUUUCUGCGUAAAGCCCUUUGUGCUACAUGGUUGUGCAUGAAAAGUGCUAUAUAAAAAAAGAUUGAUUGUACGAUUGUCUGAACUGUAUCAAACAUCUCCUGGUUUCAUGUCCUCUCCAGGUUAUCUCUCCAGCUGCGCUCUUCCUGGCUGCAAAGGUGGAGGAGCAGCCCAGGAAGCUGGAGCAUGUUAUCAAAGUGGCCCACGCAUGUCUGAACCCUCAGGAUCCUUCACCAGAUGUACGCAGCGAUGUAAGUGUGUUAGCCUCUAAUUUUUCUCUUUUUCUCUCUUUGUUGACCUGCCCUGGGUGAUUAUUUAUACCACCACAUGAAUACAGUUUGAGUAAAAACAAGCGUCCAGUCAGGAUGUCCCAAUCUGCUUUUUUGACCCACGACUUUGACUCAGUCUUUUAAACAUAAUUUGUUUGUACCAUGUCCUGAUCCAAUGAUUAAAGGGAUAUUCCGGCGUAAAACUAAUUUAGGGUCAAACACACUGUAACACUGAGUUAGACACCCUCUCCAGUUGGUAUAACUACAGAAGCAAGCAGUCGGCAACAUUCAUCUCUUGAGGGGGUGUCUAACUUGGUUUUACGGUGUGUUUGACCCUAAAUUAAUUUAACGCCGGAAUAUCCCUUUAAAAUCUAUCUUUUCCCUAAAAACCAAAGUUUGUAUUCCUAAUCACAAUAUCAAUAUUAUUGGCUGAAGGUUUUGUCACAGCAAAAAGAGCUGACUUUGUUCAAUUUUAGGGAUUCUACUCGCAGUUUGGCCUGUUUGCAGCUUGAUGAAGUGUUUUGUUUUUAUUUUUUUGUGGGUCAAAUAAGUAAAAGAGGAAGUUUAUUUAACUUUCAGUUAAGGUUUUUAACCAUCCAGGCUGUGUGAGGUUACAAAGCUGUAACGUGGAGUAUCUCUGGCCAAUGUGAACAUUGUCUUGCAAAAGUAUUCACCUGCUUUAAACCUUUCUACACAUGGUCAUGUUACAACUCACAAAUUCAAAUGGAUUUUAUCGGCGUUUCUUGUCAUGGACCAGACAGACAAUCAAUGCCUUUCGAAAUGAAGUAUCAAUUUACUUUUUUGACGUUGUCCCCCUUUAAGACUAAACUUCCUUUAGGUUAACUUCUGUACCCAACAGAUGCCUGAAUUUGUCUGUAAUUUCACGUUGUAACAGCCGUGAAUGUGAAAAAACGAAAGGAGAUGAAUACUUGUGUAACGCACAGUAGCUCCAAUGAUCUUGCUUCUUAUCUGUGAGGCUUUGUCAGCGCUUAGUGAGAGGAUGGUAACGUGCCUGUCCUUUCAACCUCAGGCUUACCUGCAACAAGCCCAAGACCUGGUUAUUCUUGAGAGCAUAAUACUGCAGACCUUGGGUAAGUUGGGAAAGAAGAACUGGGUCUGUUGAUUUCCUUCCCCGAGAAGUGUGAUUACAAAGACGCUGCCGCUCUGUUUGGAGAUGUCCAGGAUUUGUACUGCCUGCACAUAACUGCAUUCACAUUUCUGACUCUUUCUGCUUUUGUUUCUAAUUUGCACAUAAGCGGCCUGUGUUAGAAGUUGCAACAUCAUCAUGAACAUUGGCUUUACAUGAAUCUACAUCCUCAUGUCCCAUACUUUCAGAAAAAUAUUUAACUGUUUUCAUUUUACAUCCUGCAGGACGUCACAGGGACAAUGUCAUUCAGCUUUGUCUUUCAUAUUCUGUGUCCUAAUUCAUGUUCUUCCACACACUCACCUGCUGCUUUGGUUAAAUGUAUUUUUGUCUCAGAGUUGACCUUAGGUGUAUGUCCAUGUAGAGCAGUUUGUGCUUAUGCUUGUUUGAUCCAAAUAAGAUCACAACUCCAGAUUGGCUUCAGAAGAUGCUAAUUCUAGUGUUGGGCGGUAUGACCAAAAUCUUAUAUCACGGUAACGGAAAAUAUCACGGUAUGUUUUUUCCUCCUGUAAAUUUAAUUAAUGGAUUAAAAAUAACCAUACUGUCGCUCAGAUUUGUUUAUAAAUGCAAACAAAAUGUCAGACCAGACUGGCGAUGUUUUUAUCAUACGGUGUACCUUUGGCGAAAGACUCUGCCGAGCUCUUUUGUAUGAGAGGAGCUGCUGCAACUAAAGUUUUUGGUGCAGCAGGUGCGUCACGCAUCUUUUGUCUCAUAAAAGAGUUUGGCGUGUUUCAUCUUAAGGUGGUGGAGGAGGUUUCUGGUGUGUCCUCCUCCAGCCACACCACACUCUUUGCAUAGUUUUGUUUUUCCAUCUUUGUCGGAUUUUCUAAAUGCGAAGAAUCUCCAGACAACCGAUGUCGCGACUCGUGCCCUUUUUGGGAACAAGUUCCUCCUCCUCCUCCUCAUGUUGGGUGGGUCGGGCUGCCUCCGUUCGCUCAGUACUGCCACUAAUCUCUGUGUCCGCAAUGACCACCGCAAGUGAAGUGGUUUCAAGCAGUCUGCAUGACACGCUGGUGAAUAAACAGAAACGCACCCAAACGGACACGCUCCGGCUUUCCUGUCAGCGUGCGCAGACAACAACACACUGUAGUAGCUCUCUUUCUCCGGUAUAAACAGUAAAGCAAAAUUUCUACCGAUAAUUUGAAACUGUCAUACCGCCCAACACUACUAACUUCUCAUAUCACAGUCUGUAGUUCAUGUCAGGUUAGAGAACCAAGUGUAGAAUUGGGUCACAGUAUAAGGCUAAACGUCACUCUUGUUUAAUAAUAUAAAUUUCUGUUUUUAGGGAUUUUUUAAAAAAGUUUCCGUCCACAUUUGAAUGAUAAUCAAAACUUGUUUCUUUCCUUUUUUAUUACAGCUUUCGAGAUCACCAUCGACCAUCCGCACACUCAUGUCGUCAAGUGCACUCAGCUGGUCAGAGGUGAGCAUCAGCCCCGUGGAUGUUUUUGAAGUUCUGUUUGGAUAUUUUUGAUUCUUUGUUGGCGUGUCGGUUUGUUUAUAUGAAGGUUUUAAGUGUAUUUUUUUGUUCUAUUGUUGUUCCAGCGAGUAAGGAUUUGGCUCAAACAUCAUACUUUAUGGCCACUAACAGGUAUAUUUACAGUUUAAAGAAAAGUCGCUUCUCUUAAUGACAUGAUGUUACAUGUGUGUAGGGUGCUUCUCCAUUUUCAGUGACGAGUUAUUCAUCCUCAAACUCAAUAUACUGAAUAUCGGCUUUCUCUUCUCCUCCCUCUGUUUUAUUUUCCUUCUUCUGGGACGUAUCAUGCCACGUAGUCUGCACUUGACCACAUUCUGCCUGCAGUACAGUCCACCCGUCGUGGCCUGUGUGUGCAUCCACCUCGCCUGUAAAUGGUCAAACUGGGAGAUCCCCGUGUCUACAGACGGCAAACACUGGUGGGAGUAUGUUGAUCCCACCGUAACCCUCGAGCUGCUCGAUGGUAUGUGCUUCAACUCAGUCAGGUACUUCAUUUAAAAAUCCUCGAAUCAUAAUCUGAUCUGUUCUCUGAUCUCGUUUCAGAGCUCACACACGAGUUCCUGCAGAUUCUGGAGAAAACACCCAGCCGGUUGAAACGGAUCCGCAACUGGAAGGUACCGUCUUUCUUCCCCGCUUUUAAAACUCACAGCUUUGAACCUUCAAACAAAGAGGACUCUGACUUUGACAGUCAAAUCUUUGUACUUUGUUUUUCGACGUUACGGCACAGCAGGCAGGAAAUAACUUCCUCAUUCUUCUUCAUUUCACUGAAAGUUUCACAGAGAGGCCUCAAUCCCCCCUCCUUCAAACAAAACAACCUGCUUUUUGAAACUGGCACUGAUACUGAAUUAUGUAACACCUAAAGUGGAACCAAAGUAAAGAUCUGGGUUUCUCUGAUGCUUAAAAGCAGAGUUUUGGGGACACCAGGAUUAGCAGAUGCAAAAUUUUGCUGAGAUCUUUUCUCAGACAACUUCAAAUAAAGAUAUUUUAAUUCUACAUCCUGUAAAAUAAAGUUAAAUUUAAUAGAGAUGUGACUAAAACACAUAAAAGUAGGAGGCUCUGACUGAACACUCUGAAACUAGUAUCUCUUCGUUCGGUAAAACUGACUCUCAGAAGCUGAUGAAAAGGUUAUAGAAGGUGGAUAUUGUCUAGUUGUAUAAAAAAGGCGACUCUGAUUUGAGGACCAAGUUCUGUCCUGUUUAAAGUGUUUUUUUGAUCAUUUGUGACGAGUUCAGUUCGGCUCAGAAAAGCUACGUCACUCAUCAUCUCCUCUGUGCUCCUAGGCUGGAGGUCAGACCCCGAAAGCCAAGCCCAAAGUCCAGGAAGAGGGCGACGGGAGGGACACCAUGAUGAACAUGAUAUCCAUGGCCUCUUCAGAGAGCACGGUAGCGGGCCUCAUGAGCCUCUCAGCUCCACCCUCCUCCUCCUCUUCCUCGUCAGCGGGUGAGAAGGAUCGGAGCACAUCUGGCAGCACUCAGACGUGGAGUGGGAAGGGGCAGCAGGCCGGAUCUGAGCAGACACAGCAGCAGCCCAACAACGAGGUCCACGCUCCCGCUAAGGUGUCGCUGAGCGAGUACCGCGCCAAGAACGCAGACGUCCUCGCCGCGCAGAAGAGGAAGCUGGAGAACAUGGAGGCCAGCGUGAAGAGAGACUACGCCAACGCCGCUCAGGCUCUCAUUGGUCAGCAGCAGAGGAAGGAGAAGCAGCAGCAUCAUCACCAGCAGUCCAGCUCCUCCUCUGCUGACAUGGCCAACCCCUCCCCCAUCAUCCUGAAAAUCCCCCUGGAGAAGGAGAGGCACGACAGAAGCUCGCUGAAAAUGCGUUUCCCCCUCGCCAGCGGAGGAGGAGGCAGCGGGCACAGCGCCAGCUCCAGGGGUCAGGACCCGGACAUCAAAGUGAGGAUACGAGUGCCUGAGAAGCAGAGAGGGGGGUCAGGGGAGGAGGGCAAGAGCAGGGACAAGCACAGGGAACGCUCCAACCACCAUCACCACCACCACCAUCAUCAUCACUACUCCUCCUCCUCGUCCUCCUCCAGCAGUGCCUCUCUCUCCUCCUCACACAAACACUCAUCAAGCUCCAGCGGGGCGACCGGGAGCAGCAAAAAGGUCCCCAGUGACUCCUCCAGGACUGGCUCUUCGUCGUCAUCCGCCUCGCGAAAGAGGACGCACUCCCAAGACGCCACAGCUGGCUCUCACCCGACUGCUAAAGUCAGCAAGUCCUCAAGGAACCCCUACCAGCUGCCACCUCUGUCUUCCUCCUCUGGGCAAACUCUGGGGCACAGUGCUGAUAUCCUCCCAGCACUGAGCCUCCCUCACCACCAGGGGAGCUAUUCACACUCUAAAAGCGACAAGACGGACACUAAUGGGCACGGUGCAGCAGGGGGCGCUCAGUCGAAUGAGUACCAGGAUACUUUUGAAAUGUUGAACUCACUCCUGAGCGCACAGGGGGUCCAGCCGUCUCAGCCGUCCAUGUUUGAGUACAGAUCCCAGUAUGGGGACUACAGGUACAGUGGAGGCUCCAGAGGGACUAACCCCAGACCUCCACCUCUGCCUUCAGAACCGCCUCCCCCUCUGCCGCCAUUACCCAAAUGA